GGAAAGGAUUUAUGCUGUGGAAACCCUUGGCGUGGAAACCUUUGGCAAAUUGACCGCGUUACUUGCAUAUUGGAACUGAAAGAGGAAGAUACCGAUCAUGGCUCACCUCUUAUCUGUAAUAGUCAUAGUGGUGGCGGCGUCUAGAUGCAGUGCAAUCUUCCCAUUUAAUCUGGAAGCAGUUGACGUGGUGGUGACAAACGUAAAGGACCAUCUCGAUGAUACCAUCGACCCCUACUUAGUGCCCGCAGAACACGACACCUAUGGCCAGAGCCCUUAUGGAUAUGUCCCCCAGAAGUAUGUGAAUGAACCUAUCUGCCCACUGUACAUAAAACCUGUGUGGGAAGAAGCAGUGGUGCAACAGGUUGUGCACUCUCUGGUCACAGUAUGGGAGAAAUUAGAAAAAACGGAAUUUGUCCAUGUGACUGAAACCUUGAAAUAUCCUGUGACAGUGAUAAAUCGGUCUACUGUUACAAUACCUGCUCCGCCCAUUUACAAGACCGAAACUAUUAUAGUGCCGGAGGAGAAAACGGUAAUGUCUGCUAGGAUUGACACUGUUACAUACACCAUAACCCAGACUAACCUUGAGGCAAGUUCAAAGAACUUUAUCUUAAAUAUAAAUUGA